GAAUAGCCAUCAUAUUAAGGGCAGGCUUUUGCAAGCAAUAAGCAAAUAGCAUAUAGGAUGGAAAAACAACAGCGUGUGCUUGUUGUGUCAUUCCCUGCACAAGGCCAUAUAUCACCCUUAUUGAAACUGUCCAUCCAAAUCGCUGCUCAUGGAAUUAAGGUAACAUUUGUCACCACAGAGGUUGAAGAUGGAGCAUUUAUGGAGCCACUGCCAGAAGAGCAGAGCUCCAUAACCCUUAUUUCAAUCCCCCACUGUGUGGACGAAGAUGUUCGAAAUGAUGCUCUUAAGACGGUAGAGACGAUCGAGUCGAUUCGAAGGGUCAUUCCGGUGUAUUUGGAGGACUUGAUCGCAAAAAUUAAUCAGUCCGAUGACGAAGAGAAGAUCAGUUGUGUUAUUGCUGAUACAUCAGUUGGGGGGGCAUUGGAAGUGGCUAAGAAGAUGGGACUUGAAGCAGUGGCAAUUUGGCCUGCUGGUGCACCAUGCUUGGCUUUGGCAGCUCACAUUCCUCAACUUCUUCAACAUGAAAUUAUAAACAAUGAUGGAAUUGUAAUGAUAUAUAAGCCAAUCAUGCUGUCAGAGGAAGUCCCUGCCUGUACCUGGGGCAGCUCGGAUAUUGGAUAGACAAGCAGUCAUCCAAUUUUACGCAAAGCUUUACUUGGAUUUUAUUCUAUUGUACCUCAGUAUGCUAUAAAUUUUAUGAUUUGAUCCUUUGCAACUCAGUUUAUGAACUAGAUUCAUCAGUCUCCAAACUGAUUCCCAAUGCCUUGCCCAUUGGUCCAUUACUUGCUGGAAAAAUUUGGCCUCAAGACUCAACAUGCUUGGCUUGGCUCAACAGACAACCUGCUGCUUCAGUCAUUUAUGUUGCAUUUGGAAGCUCAACAAUGGCAUCUGCCAAACAAGUAGAAGAACUAGCCCUUGGUCUUGAACUUUCAGGGCAUCCAUUUUUAUGGGUUGUUAGACCAAACUUCAUGGAUGGAUCAACUGUGAAAUUCCCGGACCGAUUCAAGGAUCGAGUGUCUGGAAAGGGGAAAAUAAUCGAAUGGACGCUGCAGGAAGCGGUGUUGGCUCACCCUUCGGUUUUGUGUUUCGUGAGCCAUUGCGGAUGGAAUUCGACCGUGGAAGGUCUAACCAUGGGGGUACCUUUUCUAUGUUGGCCAUACAUAGCAGACCAGUUCAGUAACAAGAACUACAUAUGUAAUGUUCUGAAGACUGGUUUGGAGUUGAUGAAAGGUGAAAAUGGAAUUACGACCAGACGUGAAAUAAGUUCAAAGAUAAACACAUUGAUCUCAUCUGAUGUCAUAAAUUGAAAAGCAUUGCAUGUAAAAGAAAUUGUUAGAAAGAGUUCCAAUGAAGGUGGUUCUUCUUUCAAGAACUUUAAGAGCUUUAUUGAACAUAUUAAGAGCCUUUAGGCCCUCAAUAAUCAUUUGAGGAUCACAAUGAGAGAAGACAGGUUCCAAUGAAGUUUGUUUGUAACCCUCGGGGAAAAUAAUGGUCAAGUGAUUUGAUAAACUUUUUUAUGGGUUGCUUAA